AUGACCAAGGAAGUCUUCCUGCCCACGCUGAGCCUGACGCUCAUCUCGAACACGAACUACGACGUGAAUGUGCGCGCCCUGGUGAACAAGCCGGUCGCGUUGUACUGCAAGGUGUCCGAUCUGCAGACCAUUCCUUCCAAGGAGGAGCUGAAGAUCUAUGGAACCUACUUCAACGUGCAGACGCUGACGGGCUUCGACGUGUCGCUGCAGCUGCUGACCACCUACGACUCGGCCUACCGCGUGACCUGCGUCGCGGAGGACACCAACGGAAACAGCGCGUUGGAGACGCUGGAGCUGAUCAGCCGCUAUCCCGAGCUGGACGCCGUGAACGUGGCUCCGAUGGUGGCCAUGCGAUUGACCUUCAAGUACCCCGUGGUCGUGAACAACUGCACGUCCUGCUUCUUCAUGCUCCACAACAUGAAGCAGCACACCACCACCAACAUUUACGCUCCCUACUUCUCGGUGAACGGCUCGUCGAUUCUCUUCAACACGCGCCAGCUCGAUUCGCUGACCGAGUAUCGCCUCGAAGCCUCCACCUACAAGCUCAUCGAGGACGCCUACACCGGCGUGCUGUUCACUCCCGAAGAGGACUACCUGCUCCGCUUCACCAUCCGCGAGUACGUCCCCAUCGACGGCGACAUCGUGUGGCCCAACGCCACCGCGCCGUUCCCUGUCAACGGCACGAUCCGCGUCGAGUUCCCCACGUCGUACCUCUUCCUCAACGAAGGCUCGGUCUCGCUGAACGCGCUCUCCAUCGCCGCCGACGACCAGUGUCUCCAGAUCCUCCACCCCGACGCGUCCUCCACCGUGCUGCUGAUCCCCGUCGAGGACUGCGUCGGCAUUCUCCGCGCGGACACGUCCUACGUGCUCUCCUUCCCCGAGGGCUUCCUCCGCGCGCGCGACUACAUGCGAACCAACCGGAUGACCCGCGUGUUCCAGACGGAAAACAAGUCGCUCCCGCCGCGCAUGGUGGACUCGUUCCCGCCGCACCUCGAAGAAGUCCCCAUGGACGUGCCCAUCAAGCUGUACUUCAACCAGCCGGUCCUGCCGGGCGAUGGCUUCCUGUUCGUGAGCGAGUACAGCAACGACCAGUACACGAACAGCUACAAUCUGCCGGCCAGCAAGGCCUCGUUCGGCGGGUCGUUCCCCUACGAAGUGGCGUGGAGCGCCUCGCUGUUCUCGCUGAAGCCCUCGCAUCGCUACGUGGUGUCGUGGAGCCAGGGACUGGUGACCAGUGCUUCGGGAUUGGAGAUUGCCGCGUCGACGGCUGCGGAGACCGUGGAGUUCUGGACGGACGUGAGCGGAUGCUCCGCUGAUUUCAUCGCGGAGAGGAUCUCGGGAACCUUCCAGUGCUUGUACGAGGACGGCAAGUGUGUUUGCAGAGAGUGGAACGUGGAGGCCAUGACGCAGAAGAAGUAUUAAAAGGCUCUUUGGAUUUUGUUGAUGUGUUGUGUUCAUUAUA